AAUUAAGGCUGUAUAUGUUCAACCCUCAGAGAUAUCCAGCACCACACGAUCUAUCAGCAGAUUAGAAGAAUCAGUAAGAAAUUGGAGUGUAGCUACAGCUGUAUAGUGGAUUGACCUAGAAGCCAGGUGACAACGACAAGGCCUGCCCGUGAACCAGGAAGUAUUCUCAAGGUCGAACUGGGGCAUGCGCGGUUCACACCCCUCAAUACCGACAACUUUGUCACGUGGCUCAGUCGGCCCAUCUUACUAUAAGUACACGACUGUGUAGUAUUAGGAAAGUGUUUUUCUGUGAUACAAGUACUCUAUAAUCAUAUUCUGCUAUAGAAAUUACUUUAUAACUAUUGUGAAAACAGCAAAUUAUGUUUAUAUAGAAUCGGUAACCAUGGCUCAGAAACGCGAACUUGACUUUAACCCUGCUUGCAAGGUUGCAUUGUGUAUUACUAAGACCACCCCUAAAAACGCGAAGAGUUUUCCUCGAAGGCCCCUGCUUCCAAAUAAGGGUGCCUGCCUUUCUUGUGCCUAUGUUAGAUAUAAUAAUAACGUUAGUCGCUAAAUAUCACUAAUAACUAUGUUACCAAAAACUGUGAACAUUAUCAGACAUUUAAAUAGACUAACUAGGACAAUGUUAAAUAAAAACAGUGCAUACAAACAAUGAGACUUUUAAUUAUUUAAUAACAAUGAGUGGGUUGGUGUUGAGUGAGGCUACCAGCUCCUCGACUUCCGAUGAAGAUGACGACCUAUACGGGUUUAAGGAGGAGCCUUGUUCUCCGGUAGCAGGCUACUCCUCAGAUCCUCUACAAUACACUGUAGAAAGUAGUAACUCAACAUCAGUCAACAAGACAGCAAGCCCUUGCAAGGUGUGCGGUGAUAAAGCCUCUGGCUAUCAUUACGGCGUCACGUCAUGCGAGGGAUGCAAGGGGUUCUUUCGCCGCAGCAUCCAGAAGCAGAUUGAAUACCGUUGCCUCCGUGACGGCAAGUGUCUUGUUAUCAGACUGAACAGAAAUCGUUGCCAGUUCUGCAGAUUCAAAAAGUGUCUAGCAGUUGGCAUGAGCCGUGACUCCGUGAGAUACGGCCGAGUCCCCAAGCGUCCCCGAGAAGCCGUCGUCGCCGAAGUGAAGUUAGAGCCGGCCGCUGCCUACGCCGCUAACGUCGAGGUGAUCCCGCCGCCCGAAGCCAUGGAGACGGAGCCCGCGCGCCCGGAGAUGUCCAGCGAGGAGCUGGUGAAGCUGAUCACGACAGCGCACCGCAAGACCAACACCUACACGGAGGAGCUGCAUGUGCCACUGCCGCGCGACGUCUACAUGCGGAUCCAUGACGACUCUGAAGGCAGUGGCGGCGAGGACGUGGCGUCGUCGAGCACUGAUGCCGUGACCGACAUGCGGUCUAUGCUGUGGCACAGAUUCGCGCAGCAGAUGACUCCCGCCAUCCCUCUAGUGGUCGAGUUCGCCAAACGACUGCCCGGCUUCUUCAGCCUCCCGCAAGAUGACCAUCUCAUCCUCAUUAAGCAAGGGUUCUUCGAAGUCUGGCUGACUCGUGUGACCGACCACUCUACUCAGGAGUGCAUCAUGUUCGAGAAUGGCACUACAUUUACCUAUCAGGAGCUGAUGGUGAUGUAUGAUCAACCAUUUGCGACAGCACUGAUGACGUACAUUUGGAAAAUUCUGAGGAUGCAGAUCACCGAGGAAGAGAUGGCCUUGUACACCAGCACCCUGCUGAUGUGCCCGCACCGCGUCGGCCUCAGCACCCCCGACCGCAUCAGUGGUCUGCAGCAAACCUUGAAUGACGCACUCAUAAAUAACAUGAUAACCAGCGGAGGUGGUCCUGAGGCGACAGCCAUUGCCCGCGCCCGCUACGAAGCCUUCGCUGCGGCCAGGAACGAAGUCCGCCUCAUAGGGGCCCGACAUCACGUUCUUCUCUCGUAUCCUCGAGAACGCUGGCCACGCCUGUUGCUGCCUGAUCUGUUCAUAGAGAUAUUUGAUAUUCCGAGGUACGAAGAUCAGACUGAAGCAGUUGCGGCGCCGUCGACUUCGGCGGUGACUACGUCGACGGCGGUGGUUGUGGCGCCGGUCGCUCAGUCCUCCCAAUCCCCUCACUCCUCUCAAACUCCUCAGGUCCCGCAGCGCGGCUAGUUUGCGACAACAGUAGGAUGCAAUGUCAACAUCGAUGAAGAAGGCUUGACUGAUGAACUUAUUGGAAAUAUUAUUUUAUAACAUUUUAGGAUAACCUAUUGCGCCAAAGUUACUAUCCACAUAUUUUCUAACCAUGAACAGCAUUGAAAGUAUUUGAUAGUCAGAGCCCUACACAUUCAAUGCCAAGCAAAUUAUGGCUUCUCUCUUAAUUGCAACACAGUCUCUGAAAGUUUCAUUUUACCGUACAAGGCCGAAAGGUUUUCAGAGGAAAAUGUUUAUAUAAUAUUUUAGGAUAUUCAAAAUUUUUAGGUACCAUUUUCUUUAGCCGAUGUUUAGUAUUAUUUAUUACUUGAAUGAUUGGAUGACGCCUAGAUUACGGUCUACGUAUGUAACGUGGAAUAUCGAAGGGGGUGCAUUGUCGCCGCCAACUAUAAGUACCAUGAAUAGUAAAUAUGGAUAAGGCCUUAACCCUGGUAGUCAUUUGGAUAGGCAGUCAAUUUAAAGUAGGUGUUCGAAUAUGUUGAAUCCAUUUAAGUUGCUCAUCUGGUCCUCUGAUUGGUCCUUGUAGGUAGUACCUAACACCGUUUGUAUGGAAUCUCGUAUCAACUAGGUAUGUUUAUAACAUAACUUCGCUAUCAACUACGUCAUUAAGCUAGUGUAGCAUUUAUUUAUUUAAAUAGUUCCUUGUGUGAAAAGCUUCUCGAUAUUUUGUUAUAAAUAAUAUAGUUUAAUUACUCUCAAUUGAUUAACCUGUUCUGAUUUAGUUGGUAAUGUUAAGUUAUUGGGCUAAGUAUUUUUUGAUUGAUAAAGAACUGUAAAUUGAUUUAAUUUCUAAAAAUAAUCAUUAUUAGGUAUUUAAUUUGAACCGACUUCUAAAGGAGAAGGUAUUGCCACCCGAUAUGUUCAAUUUCUAUUAUAUUAUUAUUUAGUUGAAUGACGAAGUCAUGACAUAACUUAUAAGGAACUCUUCUCUCGAUGUCUCUCUUAGGAUAGGAACUGUAAUAUCAACUUUUCUUCGUUAUCUAACCUUUAACUGAAAGGAAAGUGGUUGCAUAAAUGAAAAGAUCUCUUGAACCCUUUCAGACAUUGCUCUUUUUCUAAUCGUCAUUGUUCUUUUUCUCGAUUGUUUUAGUUACUUACUCCUAAUGAUUGUUGUCAAAAAAUAUAUUUUUAUCGGAAAUCAGGAGUAUUAAAGUAUUAUAGUUUUUUUUUCUGUUGUUAAAUUUUUAUUAUUGUUUAAAUGGGGGUUGUGGGUACGUAGGAUAUAAAAUAUCCUGUUUAUCAGACAACAUUAUUACUUAGAGUACCUAUAUGUUAGGUUUGUUUUUGUUCAUACUAUCACUGCGAUAAAAAGUUUUUCUAACUUCUAAGCUUAGGUUACAAAAACUUUAUAAACUUAUGCGUUUAAUAUUACCUAUGUAUAAUAGUCUGUUUUUUCUUCAUUUUAAGAGUUAAUAUAAAGUGCUUAGCUGUACUAGUUAAUAACUCCUAAAUUAACUUCAGUUGAAUUCCAAUCCAGAAAAGAGUGUAAUUUUUUUGUUAAAGAUUUAGCAACACAUUUAGGACUGUACAAAUCACCACUCCGUGAUCAAAUAUGUGUAACACACAAGAAUAGGUAUACAUUGUAUGUUCUUAUGUGCCGUAUUAACAUAAAUUAUGUAUUCCCACACAGCAUAGAUCAGUUUCAAGUUUUGUUAAAUAAUAUUUUGCUCAAAUUUUUCUAUUUUUAUUUGGAUAAUUUAAUGUGUAAAGUCUGUAACUAUCACCCAGGAUAGUUAACAGAAAAUACGUAUUUAUUAAAUGGGAACGCAAUAUACCUAAUGAACGAUCAAUGAUCUAUUUUUGCUUUCAACAUAAUUGCUAACGUUUCGUUUCACUGGCUGCAUUUUUAAAUCUUCUUCUUCCUCCUGCCCUGUUCCCAAUUUUAUUUGGGGUCGGCGCAAUAUGUCAUCCUCUUCCAUUUUCCCCUGUCAAUCGUCAUACUAACACUCACUCCCUUCCUAUUCAUGCCAUCUUUCAGGCAAUCCAUACAUCUUUUCUUAAGGUGUCUACACACCAAAGCCGCUGAUGCCGGCCGCCGGCUUUCAUAGAGUAUUUGACAAUUACUAGAACACCACAUGCCGCGGCAGUCGUGCCGCCGGGUCACCGGCUUUGGUGUGUAGACCCCUUUAGGUCUUCCUUUUCCUCUCUAUCCACCUACAUUUUAAUUUAGUUGCAUGCGUAUCAUACCUCCUCACUACAUACAAGCCCAUACCAUGACAAUCUUCUACUUCUCAUCUUUUCUGUAACUGGCGCUACUUUCAGACUCCCUCUAAUGUUAUCUUUCCUCACUUGAAAUACGGCUGGCUGCAUUUUUAAAUACGUCAUAACAAUAUCAAUUUAGAACUUACAUAGUACAUAGUAUUGCGCUUGCAUUUACUCAGCAUUUGCACCUUUUAGAUUUAUCAUGUAAUCAUUUAUCGUUCAUUGUAACAAUAGGUACUUAUAAAUAAAUAUAUUAAAUACCUAUGUAUAUUUUGUUUGUCGUGGUAAGCCAAUGUAUAUUAGCUGUUAGUGGAAUGAUAUUCGGAAUUCGUUUAAGUUAAAUUGCUGUUGUUUAAAUUAAGACAUAGAGAGAAUGACUUGUAAUAUUUUCCUCGAACUUGAUCGGUUUCAGUUAUACCUAUUGGGUUCAAAGUAAAUAUAGUUGGAUAGGUAGGUAAUUUUAAUGUUAACGAUGCGAAAUAAGGCAUUCUUCGGAAAUCGAUCAAGUAGCAGUGAAAAUAAAUUAGUACUGCUAAGGUUAUUUAAUGUAGUAUACCUACUUAAGUUUUGCUUUUAAAUAUACUUAGGUAUUUUGUGUCUACGAAGCAUAAAGAUCUCAAAAUCUGAACUGUAUAGUAUGUAGAGAUCCAUCUUCUGUAGGCCAUACACUCUUCAAUUGGUGUGUUUAGUCUCGUAUUAAUAAAUGUCACUCAUCGAAGUGCUUGCUCUCAAA